AUGGGAAAAGAAAAAUUUCAUACCAUUGCCUUUUACAUGUUGCUUCCAAAUUCCAAGACAGACAUUUACUUGUUUGUUUUCUCUCCCUUAGGAUUUGUGCGUCUGGUUGGAGGAUAUGGACCUUGCUCUGGGCGAGUGGAAGUGAAUUCUGGAGGAGGAUGGACUCCAGUAUCUGAUGGGAAUUUCACAUCACCCACAGCCCAGGUCAUCUGUGCAGAGCUGGGGUGUGGCAAGGCUGCAUCUGUCCUGGGGAACCUGCCCCUUAGAGAGGAUAGUGAACAGGUCUGGGCUGAAGAGUUCCAGUGUAAGGGACAGGAACUUGCACUCUGGUUCUGCCCCAGAGAACCCUGUCCUGGAGGCAACUGCCCUCACAGAGGAGCUGUGCAUAUUGUCUGCUCAGAAUACACAGAAGUCCAACUCAUGAAAAAUGGCAGCUCUCAGUGUGAGGGUCAAGUGGAGAUGAAGACCUCUGGAGGCUGGAGAACACUCUGUGCCUCCCACUGGAAUAUGGCCAAUGCCAAUGUUGUCUGUCAUCAGCUGGGCUGUGGAGUCGCCAUCUCCACCCCAAAAGGAGAGUACUUUGUGGAAGGAGGAGAUGAGAUCUGGAGAGACCAAUUCCACUGCUCAGGGUCUGAGUCCUUCCUGUGGAAUUGCCCUGUGACUGCCCUGGGUGUUUCUGCCUGUGCCCAUGGAAACACAGCCUCUGUGGUCUGCUCAGGAAACCAGACCCAGCUGCUGCCCCAGUGCAACGACUCCUGGUCUGACCCAGCAGGUUCUACAGCCUCAGAGGGCCACACUGCCAACUGCUCAGACAGAAGACAGCUCCGCCUGGUGGAUGGGGACAGUCGCUGUGCAGGGAGAGUGGAGAUCCUGCAGCAGGGCUCCUGGGGCUCCAUCUGUGAUGACAGCUGGGACCUGAAUGAUGCCCAUGUGGUGUGCAGACAGCUGGGCUGUGGAGUGGCCCUGGAGGCCACCAUCUCUGCUCACUUUGGAGAGGGAUCAGGGCCCAUCUGGCUGGAUGAGCUGAACUGCACAGGAGAGGAGGCCCAUGUGUGGCAGUGCCCUUCCCAGGGCUGGGGGCAGCAUGACUGCAGGCACAAGGAGGAUGCUGGGGUCAUCUGCUCAGAGUUCGUGGCCCUCAGGCUGGUGAGCGAGGACCAGGAGUGUGCUGGGUGGCUGGAGGUUUUCUACAACAACACCUGGGGCAGUGUCUGCCACAGCCCCAUGGAAGCUGUGACCUUGUCCGUGAUCUGCAGACAGCUUGGCUGUGGGGACAGUGGGACUCUGGAUUUCUUUGUUCCUCUCAGGGAAGGUUCUAGACCCCGCUGGGUGGAUGGAAUCCACUGUCGGAAAACUGAUAUCUCUCUCUGGCAGUGUCCUUCUGACCCCUGGAAACAGAGAUCUUGCUCUCCAAAGGAGGAAGCUCAUAUCACAUGUGCAGGAAAUCGACCCAAGAGCUGUCCAGCCACUGCUCCCUGCACAGACAAAGAGAAGCUCCGACUCAGGGGAGGAGACAGCGAGUGCUCAGGGCGAGUGGAGGUUUGGCAUGAAGGCACCUGGGGCACUGUGUGUGAUGACUCCUGGAGCCUGGCAGAGGCUGAGGUGGUGUGUCAGCAGCUGGGCUGUGGCUCUGCCCUGGAUGCACCAGGGGAGGCUGCAUUUGGCCCUGGAAAUGGAAGCAUCUGGCUGGAUGAGGUGCAGUGCAGGGGCAGGGAGCCCUCCCUGUGGGCCUGUGCUGCAGCACCCUGGGGACAGAGUGACUGCAAGCAUGAGGAGGACGCUGGUGUGAGGUGCUCUGGUGAAAGAACUAGAGUUUCUCCCAAAUCUAGAAGCACCAGUUCAGUCUCAACCCCUGUCCCUGGUAUCUCCUCCUUACCUGGAAUCCUUUGCAUCAUCCUGGGAGCCCUUCUCUUCCUGGUCCUUAUCAUCCUUGGGAUUCAGCUGCAUAGAUGGAGAACAGAGCGCCCAGACUUAUCUACUUUUGAAGAUGCUGUUGAUGAGGCCCUGUACCAGGAGAUAGAUUACCUCAUGAAUCCAGAGAACGAGGACCUGCAGGACAGCCCAGGAAAUCUGUCUGAUGACUCAGCGACUAAGUUGUCAUAUUACACAGGGCACCAUGAGGAGAAUGGAGACCCUGAAUCUUCCCCAGAACAACUGGGACAGCAUGUCAGUGUCACAGGAUAUGGUUAUGAUGAUGUUGAAGAGUUAACUGCUUCUGAAAUUACUUCUGUCCCUGGGAUGAGUGAGAAGUAUUUUUUCCUAGAAAAGGGAGGAGGUGCUAGGUAUUCUUAUUCAGGCACCUCUCCUUAGUCUCCCAGAGAAGCUGUCAACUCUAGCAUGGAAGGGACAGGAUCCUCCCUGUUCCUGGGACAAGAACACCCUGGCUAUGAUGAUAUUGAGCUUGCUGCCAUUUAGUUCUAUUUUUUGGAGCAAUCAAAUCCUCAGAGAACUCAUUGUGAUAUUGUUUCCCAAAACAAAAGAGAAUUCUGUCUUCUUCAUUACUGUAUAGAUUGUACAUUUACCUACGAUGGAAGAAAAUUAUUCAUAAUAAAUGAU